UUUGUUUGUUUUUAAGUUUUUGAAAAAUUGAAAUUUUAGUACUUGCACAUUUCAUUGGUGAAAUAUAAUCUUUUUUUCUAUCCAAUCAUUAAAAUAGCUGUGUUUUUUUUUCAUGUGUAACUAGUUUUCUUCAAAUUGUAAUUUUUCAGUAAACUACCAUUAACUUAUUUCAUAUUACAUUUUUAAUCCAUUCUAAAGUGAUCGCAUAUUUUUGUUUCGUUCAGAUUGUAUCUCGUUCUUAAGUUCUUAACAUUGUCAGUUACAUUAUUCCUAUUCAACGAAUAAUGUUGCUAGAUAAUAAUGUGAGUAAACGGUCGCAUCGAAGUAAUAGCCCAUUUUUACAUUUCAUCCAAUUAAAAAAUUAUAAGUAGCGACUCAAAUGCAUAACAAUGAGAUAUAUUCCUGACAAAUAUAUUACCUGAAGACCUUAUCUGUAUGAACUGCAGUAAAGACGAAUUUCUGAGAACCACCAUGUACGAUCCAGGUAUUCGACAAGAUCAAAAUCCAGUAACUGGCCAGUUGUACGCUACUUUGGUUAAGAAAGAUGACAAAGCGUCAUCGGUGGAUUUUCCAUUUUACAACGUCAACAUGGUUCAGAAGGUGCCGGUGACAGGCAAUAUAGCCGUGCUUGCCGCUGCAUCUGCCAACGGAGUUACCCAACCCGACAAGGCGUCUUAUCGUUUUGAUGUCACUGCACCAUUCAAUUACAAUUAUGCUCUGGUAAAUCAAAUGUCUCUUUCGACCACCGGGUCAACGUUCAAAUGCGAUGUGUGUGGCGCUGGCUUUUCGCAUGUGUCAAUGUUUGAGCAUCAUAAAAAAACAGCACAUCCACAAGAGACAACUCCAUCGUUCGCAUGUUCAACAUGCGGUUCAUGUUUCCCACAAGUGCGAGACAUGAAAGUCCAUCGAUCAACAGUGCACAAACAGUGUUUUUCGUGCGGUGCCGAUGUUACCUCUCAGACCCCUAAGGGUAAAAAGUCCAGAUUUGUUAAAUGUGUGAAUUGCAGCGGUGGCGGAAAUUGUUCGAAUAAUUACACUCCGCAAGAAACCAACGAAAUAGAAACUAACGACGCCAACCUAUCGCCUGAGCAAACGGCAAUUAUGAAAGGUUAUUACCCGGUGAAGAAACGAGGAGUGGCCACCGUCACAAAGUGUUACAAAUGUAAUGGUUCUGGUAUUAUUUUCUUGGUAAACGGCAACCAAACCAAUGUCAAUAUGAAAAACGAUUCCGUUUCAAAUCCAAAUGCGUCCAACAAACCCUUUCAUUGUAAUAUCUGCGGCGGAAGCUUUUCACGGUAUUCAUCGCUGUGGAGCCACAAACGCCUGCACACUGGCGACAAACCGUAUAAAUGUGAAAUUUGCGGUCUAUCGUUUGCCAAAGCCGCUUAUUUGAAAAAUCACGGCCGGGUCCAUACCGGUGAAAAGCCGUUUAAAUGCGGCGUAUGUGGAAUGCAGUUUUCGCAGUCUCCACAUCUAAAGAACCACGAACGAAUCCAUAGCGGAGAGAGGCCUUACCAGUGCGAGGUAUGCGACAAAACUUUUGCUCGACAUUCUACUCUAUGGAAUCACCGACGAAUACACACUGGGGAAAAGCCUUACAGGUGCGAUAUUUGUGGGUCGGCGUUCAACCAAGCAACACACUUAAAAAAUCACGCCAAAGUUCAUACCGGCGAAAAGCCACAUCGUUGUGAUAUUUGUGGAGUUGGUUUCAGCGAUAGGUUUGCAUUGAAACGACACAGAAGCAUACAUGAAAAGUACGCCAGGCAACAGAGCGACGCAGCGGCCGCCCAAACGGUUACGCCUCCAUCGCAAGAAUUAGAACCUAUUAGCGGACAAACGCAAAUAGAAGAAUGCAUUUACAGUACCGACUAUACUGUAGAAAAAUAUGACUCCGCAAACAACAUUCCCACCGAUAUUGUUGAAGUCAAAGUCGACCAACAAAAUCCACACGAACACGACGCGCAACAACAGCAAAUCGACGAUUGCAUCUAUAAGUAAUG